AUGGCCAGUCACCGCUCGGCAACCUUCUCCGAUCAGCCAUACUCGGACCCAAACCCUCUCCCAUCAUCCGUUCCCCACGUAGAGGAGCUCGGGACAACUUCGGCCCCACUCAAAUCUAUCAGUUUUCAGCUAGGAUCUCACUGCAAGGCCGUCAAUGAUGACUUCAUGUUGUGUAAGGCAGAGUCUAGGGACCCAGCAAAGUGUCUCGCCGAAGGACGAAAAGUGACACGCUGCGCGACCGAGUUAAUCAACAAAAUGAGAGAAUCCUGCCUUUCAGAAUGGGACGCCCACUGGCAAUGCCUGGAGAAGAACAACCAGCACUUCCAGGCCUGCAGAAAGCUCGAGAAGGGACUCAACGACUGCGCCUUUUCCAAACUCAACCUCUCCAAAUCCAUACCGGGAUCUCCCGACGGUCCUCAGGUCCACGAAAAGAAGUCGCCCAUCUUUACUCGGGUCCAGAAGUAA